AUGCCCCUGCUGCCCAGCACCGUGGGCCUGGCCGGCCUGCUCCUCCUCUGGGCAUGUCAAACAGUGGACGGCUUGAUGAUGCCCAAUGCUACUCUGGCUCUGGCCAGACCUGAGGACACAGCCAUGAGGCCCCCGAGUGGCCUGGGGGUGCCCCGGUACCGACGGAAGCGUCACAUCUCCGCCCGGGACAUGAAUGCCUUAUUGGAUUAUCACAACCACAUCCGGGCCAGUGUGCACCCGCCCGCUGCCAACAUGGAGUACAUGGUCUGGGAUGAGCGGCUGGCCAGAUCCGCGGAGGCCUGGGCCUCCCAGUGCAUCUGGGCCCACGGGCCCUCACAGCUGAUGAAGUACGUGGGCCAGAACCUCUCCAUCCAUUCCGGCCGGUUCCGCUCGGUGUUGGAUCUGGUAAAGGCGUGGUCCGAGGAGAAGCGGCACUACUUGUUCCCCGCCCCGAGGGACUGCAACCCGCACUGCCCCUGGCGCUGCAGCGGCCCCGUGUGCUCCCACUACACCCAGAUGGUGUGGGCAUCUUCCAACCGCCUGGGCUGUGCCAUCCACACCUGCAGGAGCAUCAGCGUCUGGGGCAGCACCUGGCACAGGGCUGUGUACCUGGUCUGCAACUACGCCAUUAGGGGCAACUGGCUGGGCGAGGCACCGUACAAGAUGGGGAGGCCAUGUUCUGCCUGCCCCCCCAGUUACCAAGGCAGCUGCAGUAGCAACAUGUGCUUCUCGGGGCUCAAGUCCAACAGGCUCCAGUGGAUCUGA